AAUAAGACCCUCCCUCUGUGUCAAAAGAGCCUGCAAACAGUGAAGCUCCACCAAACUGAACCUCGUCUUGGACCCGAAACCCUCGCCCUGCUGUGAACAGAGGAUGGCGCUGUUCAGUCAGACCUUCACUGCUCUGCUGCUGCUGCAGUUGGAGCUGCAUCUGUUUGGUGGAUCUGAGGCGGCAGCUCCUCAAACUCUCAGCUGUCCUGCCCCUGCUGGGGUUCCAGGAACUCCCGGACACAACGGCCUUCCUGGACGAGACGGGAGAGACGGGAGAGAUGGAGCCGCCGGACCCAAAGGAGAGAAGGGAGAGCUGGGACUGAGUGUGCAGGGACCUCCAGGAAAGGCAGGACCAGCAGGUCGAGCAGGUCUGGUAGGUCCAGUAGGUCCACGUGGACCCCAAGGACCAAAGGGAGAUCCAGGUUCACCAGGCUCCACAAAUAAUGACUUGGUCAAAUCUCUUCAGUCAGAGCUCCAGUCUCUCAAAGUCAGGCUCUCUACAAUGGAGAAAGCCAUAAGCUUCCCCACCUUCAAAAGAGUUGGGCAGAAAUACUACGCAUCAAACGGGAUGAAGGGAAACUUUGCUGAAGGUCUGAAGUUCUGCACUGAUGCUGGUGGCACUCUGGUUUUACCAAGAAGUGAAGCUGAAAACAAAGCUUUAUCUGCAAUGCAUGCAACUUUGGGUUCAACCUACAUAAUACUCGGUACAACAGACAGAGAGACAGAGGGUCAGUUUGUAGAUUUGAACAAAAAACCUCUGACCUUCACCAGCUGGAAGGAAAAUGAGCCCAACGAUUAUGAAGGGAAAGAGGACUGUGCUGGCAUUCACAUUAAUGCCAAGUGGAAUGACCUACCCUGUGGUUCAGCUUACACCAUUGUGUGUGAGAUAUGAAUGUAUAAUAAACAUAAACUGUGUUCACGUUA